UAAAGGUCUGGAUGGACUAUUUCUACUUUGAUCUCAUUUCUUGUAUUUCUUUUGUUCUCUGGGAAUAUGGUUUAUACUGCUACUGGUGUCUGGAGCUCUACCCCUCUGCCUGUCAGACACUCAGAAGUCCAUCCAGCUCAACCCUGAUUGGCCAAAGGGAUACUUCCUCAAGGGGAGUGCACUGAAGGGGUUGAAGGAAUGGACCAGGGUUUUAGGCUGCGUGUUGCUACUGAUGUCCACCUGACAGCACAGUAGAGAUCACAAUGGGGGUGGAGCUGGAGAGCACCAGGCUGGUGAUCAGGUACCCAGACAGCUAAAUGCAGAGAACACCUCCCUCUCCUCAGAGGACCAACCCCAUAGGCCUCAACACCUCCCCAGCCUCCCAGUAUGCCUCCACAGGGACCAGGAGGAUGGCCCCCAUCAAUGGUGAUGAGUGUUUCUUCUGGAGGACACCCGGCUUUUUCUAUGGUGACAAGUAUAGCUUCAAACACAAGCCUGACCAGAGAGGGAGAGACAGGAAACCAUGGCAACCCUGAACACCACGUACCGUCAGGAUACAGAUUAAGGAAGAAGAGGAGGAAUAAUGAAUAUGAUGAUUGAGGAAGGGGAGGAGGGACCUGAAAAGGGAACAGGGAACUUGGCUAGAAUGGGGCUGUUGGGAGGGUGUCACCGCUUUUGUAGUCCUCUGACACACAGCACAGACCGCACACUGGGCACACAGUAGGAGUAAGUGUCAAAGUGAAGAGGAGUGUUCCUCUGAUUUCCUUCCCCCCUCGGCCUGAGCUGUGAAACAUGUUUGGUUAUUGAUGUUAGAUGAUGGAGAUGAAGUCAUCAUUAGAAUCUUGAGGGGGUUGUUGCCCAGGCCAACGCCUUUACAACAACCAUGUUGUAGACACUAAAGGUGGUCAGGGCAGGGUCUUUGAUGCUGCUGAUGAGGAGUGUACAUUAAAUGGGUUAGUAGAAUAGAAUGAAUAGAAGGACAUCAUGGAACUGACCAAAUGGAACUUUGACCUGUUCCAUGUAGAACUCAGAGGGACAAGACAACACAUUCUAAGAUAUUAUAAACAUUCCAUAUAGAAUAGUCAACAUAUUGUUAACAUGGUUCUGUAUUUAAAUAAAAGUGGAAAAUGGGGGACAUUUUGUCCAUUAUAGAAAUGUAAGACCCAUUUUAAUACAGUAACUUCCCUUUUCUGAUGUGCUGGUCUGGUCUUGCAUGUUAAUGUCUUAAAGAGGAAGGAGAGGACAGUUGUGUCAUCUACUUUAAAUAUGUAUCAACCACAGAACUGACACUUACUAGCAGUUCCCACUCACUACCAGUAAGUUGACUCACUGUACAAGACCUCUCCCCUUCACUUCACCCUACUGCAGGUUGAGAGAUGCAACAAUGUCCUUGAGAACAGCAGGAAGUGUGUUGGUGGUCUUUCUCUGGUCUGUAGCAGUGGUACUGAGUCAGAAUGUCUGGAGUGUGACAUACACCACUCGGAGUAUCUGUACCUUGAAGGGGUCAACAGUGGAGAUGUCCUGCUCUUACACAUAUCCCAGUUGGCAUAAAGUCACAACAACCUUCUGGUUCAUCAAAAAGUUUGAUGUGGAGAUUUAUGUAAAUCUGAGAAAUGACUCAGACUACAAUGGUCGUGUGACGUACCAUAAUGAUAAGACGAAUGGCCACACCCUGAGAAUCACAGACCUGAGAGAGAGUGACUCAGCUACGUACAAAUUCAGAUUCAUAACAGAUCAGACUGGAGGGAAAUAUUCUGGCUAUCCUGGAGUCACUCUGUCUGUUACAGACCUGCAGGUGAAGGUGACCACUACAUUGUUGUCAACGACACUGACCUGUAGCACCACCUGUACUCUGACUGGUAACCCCACCUACAUUUGGUACAGGAACAGUAAGAUUGUACAAGAGGCCUCCUCUCCCUCAUACUCAUUCUACUUUCAAACUGAAGACAGCUUCUACUGUGCUGUAAAAGGCAUCAAAUCUCCUGCAGUGUCUGUUGAGGGUCACAGUUAUUUCCACGUGACUUACACCUAUCAGAGGAUCUGUACCUUGAAUGGGUCAUCAGUGGACAUAUCCUGUUCUUAUACUUAUCCCAGUGGUCAUACAGUCUCUGAAACAAUCUGGUAUACAAAAGGAAAACUUAAUGAGGCGCCUCAAAUCCUGAGCCCGGGGUAUGGAGGUCGUGUGGAGUACCUUGGAAAUAUGCAGAGUGACUCCAUCCUGAGAAUCACAGACCUGAGAGAGGAGGACUCAGCUGAGUAUAAGAUUAGAUUCAGAACAGAUAAGACAACCUGGGAGCCCACCAUCCCUGGAACAACUCUGACUGUCACAGGUCUGCAGGUGAAGGUGACUCCUCCCACUGUGACAGAGGGACAGAAGGUGACACUGACCUGUAGCACCACCUGUACUCUGGGUGACAACCCCACCUACAUCUGGUACAAGAAUGGACAUGUAACCAACCAAUCUACCAGUCUGUUCCUAAACCCAGUCAGCAGUGAGGAUGCAGGCAGAUACUCCUGUUCUGUAGAAGGACAUGAGGAUCUCCCCUCUGCUGAAGAGACUCUCACUGUCAGAUACGGCCCAAAGAACACCUCAGUGUCAGUCAGUCCCUCUGGUGAAGUAGUGGAGGGCAGUUCAGUGACUCUGACCUGCAGCAGUGAUGCCAACCCACCUGUGGACAAAUACACCUGGUACAAGAAGAACGUAGCCUCACCAAAAGCAUCAGGACAGAGUUACAGCAUCACCAACAUCAUCUCUGAGGACAGAGGGGAAUAUUACUGUGAGGCCCAGAAUGGAAAAGGAUCUAUGAACUCUACAGCUCUGAUGAUUAUUGUAGCAGGGAAACCAACCUCCUUUAUGACUGCAGCUGUAGGAAUCAUAGUGGUUGUUCUGGUUCUCAUCCUCUGUCUCUCUGGCUUCAUGUGGUUCAGGAAGAAGGCCUCCAAAUCCACCUCUGACACAAGAGACACAUCAGAGAAUGUACAGGGAGACUCUAGUCCAGUGUAUGACAACAUCUCAAGCAUGGCCAUGACCUCUACUGCAGCACAGACAGCUGACACAGACAACCAGGAUUAUGUUCACUAUGCCAGCAUCCACUUCUCUGGCUCCAAAAACCAGGAAGUGCCUCUAUACUCCACCGUCCAGCUGCCUCAGCCCCAGAUUCAGGACGAGGAUGUCCAGUAUGCUGCUGUGAAAUUCAGCCGCCCCAGUGCUGCCACCCGGUGAAUGUUUUCUGCCAUUACAACAGAGUCAAUACUAGAACACUGAACUCACAGACAUCA